AUGGACCAAUCCAAUCACUUGUUCAAGUUCAAUGCCUCGUUGUUCAAACUCCCCAAGAGCGCCAAGUUGAGGGCGUUCGGCGUCUACUUGGCUGGGGCGUUAUACGCCAUCGGCUUCUGGCUGAUCAUCGAUGCUGCCAUAUUCUCCAAGACCGUCAAUGCGUCCGUGGUACAUGUGACGUUUGUCGACUGGAUCCCAUUCAUCUGCUCGCUGUUGGGGAUGUUGAUUGUGAACCUGAUCGAAAAGUCCAACUUGUUCAGCGACUCCAACAACUCGUUCUUGAGCAACGGCACCAACCCCAACGCCUGGGCUGCCAGAGUCAUCUUGUUCUUCGGGUUCUCUCUCUUGGCGGGCGGCUUGGCUGGCUCGUUCAUGGUGUUGAUCUUGAAGUUCUUAUUGAAGCAUUACUCCUUCCCUACCUUGGGCAUGGGGGUUUCCAACAUCGUGUGCAACUUGUGCAUCAUGUUGAGUUGUAUUGUGUUGUGGUUGUCCCAGAACAUUGAAGACGAGUACAGCUACAGCUUGGCAUUGUGA